AUGACAGAAGAAUUCCAAGCACCCGAAGCUCCAAAUGCUGACCCUCAAUCUGGAGAAUACGAAGAUUCAGCUCCACAGCCAGAAACUCUUGACCCUUAUCACUCCGAAAACCAGCCAAUUGACGUUUCCUACAAAGAUAUAAGUCUCCGCUUGCACACCAAAGAAGACUAUUACCAAUUUUUCAAUCAUAUAAACCAAAGGCUUCUCCCCGAAAUCAACAACGUCAACCAAGACUAUUUACGUCAGCUUUUUACUGGAGAAAAACGAGCCUUAAGACUUCUCGACGCCAAAGAUUACUAUUUCCCCAAAACCUUUUACAAACAAGACCCUCUGUCCCCUCCCAGUCUCUAUAAAAUGUGCAUCGCCAGUGAAGCAAUUUCUGUAUUUUUACCAAACCAAUGCAAAGACGUGAAUUUUAUGAUAAAACUUCUAGCAACCCUCGAUUAUGAUAAAGUCCGAGAAAUUGAUUUAAGUAUCCAAAGAUUUCUACUAUCAAAUAAAGCGACAGCUGGUGAGCUGAAAUAUUUGAACAUUACUAACUAA